UCCUUUGAAUUUUUUUUCUGUUGGGUUCUUACUAUUUCGUAGCUAAUCAUCAGCUUUGGCAUUACUGGAUAUAUUAACAGAUAGUUUGAACCGCAGUGAUUCGAGUUCCCCGUGGGACUAGAAAUGGGGGAAGAAAGAAUUGGUAGUUUAUUCAAGUUGUUUCAGAGCUUGGGAAGCCUUGUGCUAAAUCUUGUAUUUCGUAUUCUUUCUGUGGGUCCCAUCCCCAACCACAUUGCCUUCAUCAUGGACGGAAACCGAAGGUAUGCUAAGAAGAAAAACCUUGAAGAAGGGGAUGGCCAUAAAGCUGGAUUUUCAGCACUAAUGUCCGUGCUAAGGUACUGCUAUGAACUGGGGGUGAAAUACGCAACGGUGUAUGCGUUCAGCAUCGACAAUUUCAAACGGAAGCCAGAAGAGGUUCAGAGUCUCAUGGACCUAAUGAAGGAGAAGAUUGAAGGGUUGCUCAAGGAAGAGAGCAUUGUGAAUCAAUAUGGAAUUAGGGUUUAUUUCAUAGGAAACUUGAACCUUUUGAAUGAGCCUGUGAGGGUUGCUGCUGAAAACGUGAUGAGAGCCACGGCCAAAAACACUAAGUGUGUGCUAUUAAUCUGUGUGGCCUAUACUUCUACCGAUGAGAUAGUGCAUGCGGUCCAAGAAUCAUGCCUUGAGAAAUGGGAGAUAAAAGCAUCAAAUGGUGUGGAGAUGGAUAAAAAAGGUGAAAUUGAAGCAGUGAAUGGUGUGGAGUGCGAACAAAAGCUGGAGGAACAUUGUGCAAUACAACUAGUAGAUAUUGAGAAACAUAUGUACAUGUCUGUAGCACCUGAUCCAGAUAUUCUGAUCCGAAGUUCAGGAGAGACCCGUCUGAGCAAUUUUCUUUUGUGGCAGAGUGAAAACACUCUCUUGUGUUGUCCAAGAGCGUUGUGGCCAGAGAUUGGUUUGUGGCAUUUGGUGUCGGCCGUAUUGAGUUUUCAAAGGAACUACUCGUAUUUGGAGAAGAAAAAGAAGCAGCUAUGACACUUUGAUAACUCAAUGGUUUCUUGUGUUGAUUGGCUGCAGGUAUUUUCCUGUGUUCAGAAAAUCUCUAGCCACAUUUGUAACACCAUGCACUCCCCUUUGUUUUAUGUAUUUACAGCCUCUUUCUCCGGCCAGAGCAUUAUAUCAAUCUUUUGGGCCCCCGGCUAAAUUAUCGAUUCAUAUCACCUUGUACUAGUAGGGUCAGCAAUAGUCAGCAUGUAUGCUCUUUAUCAUGAAAAAAACUAUCAAUCUAUGUAGGUGCUCGUUUUAUAA